GAAAAUUUCGUCAUGUUGGCAUUUUGCCCCAGAUAACAUCGAAACUCUGCACAUUGAUUUGAGGGCGUGAUUGCCCAAUCGCCUUAAGCCGAUAUUGAAGAGGUUGAAAAUUCUCUGCUCAGGGUUCAGACGACCUCAAUCCUUCUACACACGCUCACAGGAAAACACCUAAGCUUACCGCGGUACUCCGUAAUGCUAACGUAGGGCUGAGCGAGGAUCCGUCCAUCGGUUCGCCGCGCGUGAUAACAAAGCAUGACUCUUCUCUGUAAAACUAGGUACAUAUAAAGGUCCUCCCUGCAUCUCCUCCUUCUCACUUGACAUUGAAUAUCAACAACCCUUUCUGGCUCAUCGCAUACCUACCAUCUCACCACACAGACACCGCCUUGUACUAUUGUACAUCACAGCACAGCAACAAUGUCUCCCGUUGCCAUCACCCCUCCAAAUGAGGGCGAGAAGGUCUCCGACCUCACAAGCCAAGGCAUCAAACAUGCCUUAGAGAAAUCCGCCCCCUCGCAAUUAAAAUCAGCGUCGAUGACAGGCUCCAUCACCGUCACGCCGCCAUCAGAGCCAUCAUCCGGGUCAAAAGAAGCCGUUGACGCCCCUCUCGCUGAAUUGGAUGCUUCCCGCGUUCAAUGUACAUACUCAGAUUCCCCUCGCGCCGUUCCCGCCGUAGGUUCUCCAGAAAUGGCGUCCCAAAAGGUCUGCACCGACCACAUGAUCCAAGCCCGGUGGACCGUAGAAUCUGGCUGGGACGCACCAACGCUGCAACCAUUCGGCCCCAUCUCCCUUGCGCCAACAGCAUCUUGCCUCCACUACGCAACCGAGUGUUUCGAAGGAAUGAAGUUGUACCGCGGUUACGACGGCAAACUACGCUUGUUCCGUCCAGAACUAAACUGCAACCGCAUGCUCAUGUCCACCAACCGCAUUGCUCUUCCCGCCUUCCCGCCUAAGGAGCUUCUCAAGUUGAUUGUCAAGCUGUGUGCUACAGAUGGAAAGAAGUGGUUGCCGAAAGAUCGACCAGGGAGCUUCUUGUACAUCCGCCCCACGAUGAUCGCCUCUGACCCCGCACUCGGUGUCGAACGACCAAAGGAAGCCCUUCUCAUGGUGAUCCUGUGCUGCUUUGCCCCCAUGGGCGACAUGAGCGGUGGAAUCAAGCUUCUCGCUUCGCAAGACGACACAUGUCGCGCGUGGCCUGGAGGUUUCGGGUACGCCAAGGUCGGUGCAAACUACGGACCCAGUCUAGUUGCUCAAGGAGAAGCAAGGAAACGCGGGUACCACCAGAUUCUCUGGCUUUUCGGCGAGGACUGCACAGUCACAGAAGCCGGAGCGAGCAACUUCUUCAUCGUGUGGCGCACAAAGGAGGGCAAGUUGCAGCUUGUCACCGCGGACUUGAACGAGAAGAUCGUUUUGGAUGGUGUGACUCGCCGCUCAAUCCUGGAGCUUACACGCGCGAAACUCACAGCUCCAUCCUCCGAUUCUGAUCUUGAGCCCCUGGAGAUUGUGGAGCGAAAGUUCAACAUCUUCGAGGUUGAGGAGGCAGCCAAGGAGGGUCGUAUUGUAGAAGCUUUCGCUGCGGGGACCGCGUGGUUUGUUGCGCCGAUCAGCCAGAUUCACUUCCGCGGCAAGGAUAUUGACAUUCCGAUGGUGAAGGGCGACGUUGGAGCUUAUGCUAGCAUAGUGAGGAGUUGGUUGAAGGGGAUCAUGUGGGGUCAAGAUGGCAUGGAGAGCCACGAGUGGGGCCACGUGAUUGAGGAGCAAUAAAAGAUCGAGAGAGAUACUGGGUAGUAAAAUUGGGAGAGGAGUUGAUGGCAUGAUCUCAUACCCGAGAUCUAGGGAGUACUCUGGAGACUCCGUGGCCAGUCUUUGCAUUUAGUUGAUGGAUUUGCGGAGUUUAUGGAGUCUAGAUGUUUCGAAGAGACGAGCAAGUAUAGAUGCCCAAAAGCAUAACUAUUGUG